ACUGUGCACACCUACACGUACGACGGUCACGGCGGGCCGCCCGUGGGCUACCAUGCGCAGCCGCCGCCCUCCACAGUCACCACCUACAAGUACUCGACGACCAGCUCGAGCUCGGACCGGCGCUACCCGGGCCCCGGCCACGCGCCCGAGGAGCAGCCGCUGCUGCAGCCGCGCCCGUUCCCCACGCCCUCGCCCACGCCGCCCGCGGGCGCGCAGCCGCCCAAGCGCCUCGACGACCUCAUGGCCUCCUUCUCCGACUCCGAGCGCACGGUGACGUCAUCGCGGGACGGCGGACCGCCUCACGGGGUGCCGUCGCCCGCGCCCGCCCCCGCGCCCGCCACCAACGGCGCCGCCGUGGGCUCGGGCGCCGCCGCCAAGGCCAAGGAGGCGGGCCAACUGCAGGUCAAGGACCGCACGCCCACCACCAACGUGGCCGGCCCUCCCGUCUACUACCCACCGGGCGUCGAGAUGUUCGCGCAGCGCGAGGAGGCCUCCAUGCAGAUGAGCGGCGGCGGCGGCAAGGCGAAGGGCAAGUACAAGUACGAGUACGAGAGCAAGGAGAAGAGCAAGAGCAGCCAGAGCCAGGGCGCCGCCGUCGUGCCCGUCUGCCUGCCGCUCUGCUGCGCCAUGCCGUGCGUCAUCAUGUGAACCCCCUCCUCCGCCCCUCUCGCUCUCGCUUUGCACGGCUCUCGCAUUUUGUUGUGUGCCUCCUCUGCUAAGCAGUUCCUUGCUUCGGAAGCGUAGCUCCUCCGGCGAAAAUCAAACUGCCUGACGCCCUUUAAAAGGGCGAGGGAUCGUCCCUAAAUAAAUGAGGGAGUGGGGACGUUUCGCCGAUAUUCGAAAUAUUCGUAGGAAACGAAGACUAGAAAUUGGAGAUUAUGUUCAAAUUGUUUAUAUUAGUUUGUAAAAGUUGCUUGGUUGUAAUUCUUUUAAAAUACAAUUGAGGGUAAUUCAAUGAAUAUAUACACAACAGAAUCAUUCCACGCGUAAGAUUGCAGUAUCUUUCAAUACAUAUGUAAACUGCAAAUUCCAUAAAGAGUGGAGAUUGCCGGAAAAAAAAGAACUUCAGUCUGGCAAAAAAUACUAACUCACGAUUUGGUACAUUAACGAUAGAGUUCUCUCCUAUUUCUAGUGCUGGCAUUAACAAAAAUGGCCUCUUCUUGUCUUUGAGACUGCGGGCAGACUUGGAGUGCUUUUUUCCAAAGCUGCCCGUGGGGACGGUCCGCCCCUCACCCCCUCCCUAUUAGCUACGCUGCUGCCGUUUCCUUUCAAGGUGUUCCACAGCUCAAAACGUUGCGAUGAGAGAGACGUUUACUCAGAUAGGCUGAAUCCCAUUUAUCUCGCUCAACUUCAGUAAUUAGUUUGGAACAAACAUUUGAAACAAGCAAGAUGUAUGGAGUUUGGCCCAUCCAUCUAAAUAUGUUGUGCUCCCAUAAUUGCUGUGCAAUUAAACAGAGGUUUCAUUUAACAUGCCUCUACCUACAUUUUAAAUAUUAUUAUAAGGUCGAUUAAUUAAUGCCGUGUUCUUAAGUGCCACAAAGCGCUAUUUUUACAGCGAUGAAAAUAUAAAUUUAUUUAAUUUGAAGCUGUAAAAUGAAGGUGGUUGAAUCAAGAAAAGUUGCACAAAAAGGUAGAGAAUGUUAUGUAGUGCAACCUGCAGCUAAAUAUUUUUAUUGAAAACCCUGCCCUAAUUUUCACUAAUUACAAAGUAUUAAUAACAAGAUGUCACUGAAAUAUAUCUGUUUAUGUUUACAAAUACAUGAUAGUAAUUAAUAUUUUUAACGGUAAUAAUAUAAACUAAAAAUGAGAUCUGGUAUAUAUUUUUGGAAGAUGCAUUGGUGAUUUUUGUUUCUUCUUUUAUAAAUGCACACUUCAUAUACAGAAAUAACAAUUAAUGUAACAGAUGCAUAUUUAUAUUUUCUUAUGUAUGUGCUAAAGAGAUAUAUUUUGCUUGGUAAUGUUUUGAACAAAAUGUGAUUCUAAGUGAUCAUUUUUUGAUCGACAAUUAAAGCUAAUAAUAAUGAUUAAUUUGAUUUGUAAAGAGUUGUUAAGCUUCACUACAUUUAUUAGUCCUUAUUAAAAUUCAUAACUGUGAAAAAAAUCAAAAAAUUACAAGCCUGAAAACAUUUUAUGUCUUCAUUGGCAAAGAUUCAAAUUUAAUUUUGGAAGUGAUAAAUCUGUAUGCAAAAAUAAAAUUACUUAACGUCAUUACAUAAUCCGUACAAUUGUACAAGGGGUUGGUUUUCUUUAGUGCUCCUUGUCAAUGAGUCCCUUACAAUUAGGAAGAGAAACACGUUAUGAAUUACAUUUUCUCAUAUUAGACAUAUGUUAAACUAUUAAAUAUUGAUGUUAAAAAUCUAUAUUUACAUUAAAAAUGAAGAUGCUGAUAUUCAGUAGAGAGUUAUACUUGUUCACAGGCAGAAGCAAUGUGUUCUAGUUUUUAAGUACAUUCAUUUAAGUACAAAGUACUGAACAUGAUUUUUUCAUCCCUCCAUAAAUGCAAGGAAAUACUCUUUUGUAUUAUACUUUCUACUUAAUUUGAUACGAUGAAAGAAUUGGCAAGAGAUUUUAUGAAUACAAAUCAUGUGCGAUAUAUGUGGAGGUAAACACAUUCUUUGCAUUCAUAUAUUUCUACUAAAUACAUAAAUAUUUACUGUGAUUUUUACCACAAAAGUAGAAAGAAAACCCUUUUGAGAAAUGAAAAGUUUUGCUUUGCGAUGCUGUGUUAAUAGCAGGAAAUGGAAUCUCAUAAAAAUGUGUAUUUUUAAUAUGUAUUUUAAAAUGGAAAACAAAAAUUAUAAAUUUAUAAGAAAUACUUUCUAACAUUUGAUGUUUUAUCACUGAUGUUAUAUUUUCUUGUUUUGUAAAAUAAAGAAAUAAAUGAAAGCAGUGUCACCUGGCAUUGCUUAUUGUAUAUAAUGAA